GGUCAGCUAGGGAGCCGAGCAGGAAACCUCCCCCUUAUCUCAAUAAGCCACUGACCAUCGCUGCUCAGUGCGCCACACACCAGGCCAUUGUUAGUUAGCAGAACAGGAAAGCGUUUCAACUUAUCUGAAUAAGACACUGCUCCGCGCAGGUCGAGGUAUCCGGGGCCUCGGUAAAACUUAGUAUACCGCUGGAAGUCACGACUCUCUCGGUAAACGCAUCCUCUCAGUACCAGAAAUGUAUAAAGAUGCUCAUUCGGUGCAAGGUAGUCAUCACUCGAGAUCAUGCAAGAAACCUCUUCAGCUUCGCUCCUCACUAACGCUCUGAUCCACCCCGAGGGUCAGAACGCAAGCUCCAACCCACAACAUGGCAUACGCUUCUUUGACCUCACAGGUGUGGAGCAAGAAAAUGUACUUUUAACACCGUUCAACUACGGUUUUUUUGAUGAGACGAGCGGUAAUCCUUACCUACAGCACGGUGUUCACCAGGCUCAGCCGCAAAGAACCCGGCCAGAGAGCAAACUUACACUGAAAAACCGCCCGUCCCGAAGCAAAACCCGCCAGGACUUUGCCUCGCAAAAUACGUCUACCCCUAAACAAGAAACAGAUAAAGUCAUUGAUCUGCGUACACCGCCGCCGGUUCGCCAACCUCUCUUCCUCCACUCAGCGGUAGCGGGUAUUCAACCUCGCCAGCUGUUUGUAGCACAAACACCCACCCUGCAAAACAACCAAGUCCAAACGGAUGUACCACAAGCAACGAUUCCACCAGCAAACCAUACCAAUCUCACACUGAGCGUUGAAACUUCAGUUCAGACGGUUCAAGACCAGCGGGAGACUACAUCAUACGAAGCAGCCCUCCUGAGGGAAAACGGUGCUGAAGGUGCAGAGAUACAACCCCCUAACGCACCUCAAACUGAUCUGCCAGCAACCUCUUCAGACGAAGCAGCCCUCCUGAGGGAAAACGGUGCUGAAGGUGCAGAGAUACAACCCCCUAACGCACCUCAAACUGAUCUGCCAGCAACCUCUUCAGACGGUGAGUAAUACAGUUUUUUUUCAUUAAUUAACUUAAUA